AAUAAGAGUAGUAAAGACUAGGACAAGGAGUCGUAUAUUUAAACGACUCUCGAUAAAAUAACACUGCAAAGACAUUUCUAAAUAACCUAAAUUAUGCUGUUUCUGUCAGACAUCUAUUUCCCGCAAAAAGCUGAUCCAUUGACAUGAAGCUGAAGAUCUCAGACUAAAGUUCGCCGACAAGAUUUCUGCUUUCAUCUUUGUCUGAGAUCUUUACAGGUUUCUUGCUUUAAGUUUCACUAUCCAUCAGAAUUGAGGGACUGUUUGCAGUAUAUUAAGUUGCAGCAAUCAAUUUUGAGGGCAAAUGGUCAUGCUUACUGGUUCUAAUGAAAUUCUGGGAUUCUUUCUGUCUUGAAAAAAAUAAAUUUAUUUGCCAUGGGCGUAAGCUACUUGUCAAUUUCAGCACUCUGCACUGCUCUGAGCUAUGUUGGACUCCAGUGUUGGAUGGGAAUUUCAGUUCAGAAACUAAAAUCAGAUGGGCUCAUUGGGGAGAGCAUUAUCAACUUUGGGAAUGAAAGCCGUGCAUUAGAGACUCUUUUAGGUUCACAGACCACAAUUGCUUUGGGAGCCAAUUUGGCAGUUAACGUAUUUAUCCUACUGGUUUUGUGUCUUAAGACAAUAUUCUUUGGAGAUUUGCACUCACCAGAAAUACGAAAGCUGGUUGAGCGCCUCAUCAAUUAUGUUAUUUCCAAGGGAACUUUUCUUCCAUUGGUAGUUCCACCAACGCUGUAUCAGGCAGGCCUAUGGUCAACGUGGCUCGUUGUUCUUUGCUUUUUAAAGAUGUUUCAAGCUUUAGCUAGGGAUCGACUUGAACGACUGAAUGCCUCUCCUUCAGCUACUCCCUGGACAUACUUCCGUGUGUAUUCUGCCUUAUUGCUGGUUUUCUCUGCCAACUUACUCUGGAUGAGGGUGUGCCUGGUUGUAUAUAGAACAAUAAGUUCAUCCUUGUUUUUGUUAUUGUUCUUUGAGCCUCUUAGCAUUGCAUUUGAGACGCUUCAGGCUAUUCUUGUUCAUGGAUUCCAGUUGCUCGACAUAUAUAUCCAUGACUCGGCAAAUGAUAUUUCAAAUAGCCGAAUAUCCAAGCUCUUUGACAUAUCUGCUGCAGGCUCAUUUGGGGAAUGGAAAGGCAUUCUUAUUCGGAAUAUGGGUUUUCUCCUAGACAUGAUGACUCUGUUGAUGGCUCUCGCUCAUUAUGUGCACAUUUGGUGGCUCCAUGGCAUGGCAUUUCAUCUAGUGGAUGCAGUUCUUUUCCUAAAUAUCCGUGCUUUAUUGAGUGCUAUUGUAAAACGUGUCAAAGGGUUCAUUAAACUGAGAAUAGCAUUGGGCACUCUUCAUGGUGCACUUCCUGAUGCAACUUUGGAAGAGCUACAGACUUAUGAUGAUGAAUGCGCUAUUUGUAGGGAACCAAUGGCAAAGGCGAAAAAGCUAUCUUGUAAUCAUCUUUUCCAUCUUUCAUGCUUGAGAUCUUGGUUAGAUCAAGGCUUAACUGAAAAUUAUUCAUGUCCCACUUGCCGGAAGCCGUUGUUUAUAGGCAGAAGCGAGAAUGAGGUAAAUCCUCAUACUGCAGAUGUUCGGGGUGACGAGCUGCUUGCUCGUGAGAUGAGUAUGGGGCUUGAUCGGUUGAAUCUUCCUGGUCAUGCACUUCCAAAUGAAGUUUCCCGCAAUCAAACGCACAACCCUCUUGAAAGCAGUGAUUGGAGGGGUUCGGGAAUUGAUUCAGGUUGGUUGGGCUUAGAUGAUGCUGGACCAUCUACAGGCAUCAGAUCAGGGGGACUGGGUAGAGUUCAGACAGUGAUGAGGCAUCUCGCAGCUGUUGGAGAAACAUACGCACAAACUGCUCUAGAAGAUGCUGCCUGGAACCUUUGGUCUAUGCGUGCCUCUCAAGCUGGUACUUCCAGUUCAGCAAUCCCUCCCGCAGGUAAUGUGAGGCAUGUCGGAGGUGCUGGAGGGUUGCACUUGAGGACACCCUCACGUGCCACAAACAACAAUGUAUCCAACAUAUAUACAAUGGUUGAAACUGUUAGAGAAGUGCUGCCACACAUACCUGAUGAAAUUAUUCUUGAGGAUUUACAACGAACUCACUCAGUGACUGUUACUGUGAAUAAUCUUCUGCACAUGUGAUUAUAUCUACCUUUCGUUGUGAUACAGUUAUGGUAUGUCUUUCACUGAGGCAGGUUAAAACAGAAGCUUUGGUUGAGUACAGGUCUGAGGUUUCCAAAGUGUCCUGGUGCCGAGCCUGUAAUUACUACAUUGUAUCUGAUAUAUAUUAGUUUCACUUUUCUGUACAUAUAAAUGACUUAGGGAACCUGCUUUUACAGAAAAAUGAUAAA